AUGCAGAAUAAUCGAUGGCUAUCCACAGGCGUAAGCAGCUCUCGAGCCAGUUCUAUCCAUGAAGAUCAACAGCCAUUCUUUGCUUCCAAAGAGGAAUGCCAUCUCAAGACAAGCAAGUCAUUUGAUGAUUGGGAGUAUGUGAUAAAGGCUCUCUUCAAGACAUCCCAAGUACACGACGAUACAUUGAAGACUGCAAAACUAUUUACCCAGGUAGACUCACUGUCUAAAAAUACAAAAAACUCCAUCGAAAAGACUAGCAAAACCUUGGAUCGACUCUUGGACAAAAAAUUGAGCAUCUUGGCAGCAGUAAAGGACUUUAACGACAUGCAAUCGUCAUUGGAUGUAACUACGAUUGCUAGAAAGCACUGGAUCAGUCAAGAAGACGAAUGA